AUGACUUCAAUCCUCCAAAAUAUGCACAUCCCUUUUUUUGCACUCCUCUUUUUAUUCACAAUUUCAUGCAAAGCCACCGAGGAAUUGGAUAUCAACUCAACACCACCGUUACCUAACCCAAGCAUCAAGUGUGACACUUGCCCCGAAAUCCUUCCUCCGCCACCGCCUCCACCACUCCCACCAUGUCCCCCACCACCACCUCCACCAUGUAACCCGCCACCGCCACCUCCAAAGGAGCCUCCAUGCUACCCCUGCAUGAGUCAACAAGCGCCACCACCUCCGCCGCCAGAAUACUACAACACUCCGGGCGGCAAUUUAUACGUGACAGGGUAUACGACAUAUGACUCAAGUGGUCCAAGACUUCAAAGUGGUUUUGUAAUGUUUGUUAUAGUUGCACUAUUGGAAGUGAUCAUGCUUACAUGA